CACAACUUGUCCUCCUCCUCUUAUUAUGUGCUUCAUCUUUCUGUGUUAGAGCUUGAAGCUGAAGAAAAAGGGGUCCUUAUUGCUUUGUUCUUCCGUCGGAGAUUACAAGGAAGAAGCACUGCGAAACAUUCAUAAAUACUUACUUAGACGAGUUUUUUUUUUUAUCUCGUCUAACCGUAGCAACUGCUGUUUAUGGAACUCGACGAUUUGGAUCUCGGCAGUUCAUGGCCGUUGGAUCAGAUCUCUUUUGCUUCUUCUAGUUUCAGGUUCCCUUCUUCCGACCAGCCUUUCUCCCCUCUCUGGUCUUUCUCCUCCGCAGAUGGUGGCGCUGAACUUUGCUCCGCUCCCACUCUCUUGACGGAUUAUUCCCUCUUACUUGCAAGUUCGGAAUCUGAGACAGCCGCCACCAAGGACAAUCAUCUCCUUCCUUCUCCCUCAUGGGGUGUUCAAAUGCCGUUGGAGAAUCCAGACACUUACUGUGCCAUCAAAGCCAAGAUGACUCAAGCUCUUCGAUUCUUCAAAGAAUCAACUGGCCAACAGCACCUUCUCGCCCAAGUUUGGGCCCCCGUCAAAAACCGAAACGGACGAUAUCUUCUCACCACUUCAGGGCAGCCUUUCUUUCUUGGUCCCAAUAGUAACGGCCUUAACCAGUACAGGAUGGUCUCCCUCACCUACAUGUUUUCUCUUGAUAGCGAACGCGACGGGGAGCUAGGGCUUCCCGGCCGCGUUUUCAGGAAAAAGUUACCUGAAUGGACCCCUAAUGUUCAGUAUUACUCCAGCAAAGAGUUCUCCCGCCUUGGGCACGCUCUGAACUAUAAUGUUCAGGGUACUUUGGCUUUGCCUGUUUUUGAACCUUCUAGGCAGCUUUGUGUUGGGGUUGUUGAGCUUAUUAUGACUUCUCCAAAGAUUAACUAUGCACCUGAGGUUGAAAAAGUUUGUAAAGCCCUUGAGGCCGUGAAUCUGAAGACUUCGGAAAUACUGAACCACGAGUCUACUCAGAUUUGCAACGAGGGUCGUCAAAAUGCAUUGGCUGAGAUAUUGGAGAUACUGACAGUGGUGUGCGAGACCUACAAACUGCCUUUAGCUCAGACAUGGGUCCCUUGCAGGCACCGUAGUGUUCUAGCCUUUGGUGGUGGUUUUAAGAAAAGCUGUUCCAGCUUCGACGGGAGCUGUAUGGGGAAAGUCUGUAUGUCCACUAGUGAUUUAGCGGUUUAUGUUGUGGACGCUCAUGUUUGGGGUUUCAGAGACGCUUGCGCUGAGCACCAUCUCCAGAAGGGACAGGGUGUUGCUGGAAGGGCUUUUCUCUCUGGAAACCUCUGUUUCUCUAGAGACGUUACUCGCUUCUGCAAAACUGAUUACCCGUUAGUUCACUAUGCACGCAUGUUCAAGCUCACUAGCUGCUUCGCGGUUUGCUUGAAGAGCACGUAUACCGGAGACGACGAGUACGUUCUUGAGUUCUUUCUUCCACCAGGCGUCACCGACGAGGGCGAGCAAGAUUCUCUGUUGGGUUCUUUGUUUCAGACAAUGAAGCAGCACUAUUCGAGUCUCAAGGUUGUCUCCGGAACUGAACUCUUUGAAAAUGAAAUGUCUAUUGAAGUAGUGGAAGCUUCAGAGGAGGGAAUGGUUUACUCAAAACGUGAACCAAUCCAAAUAUCAAUCUCUAAGGAUUAUCUCGAGAUCAAUGCACCUGAAGAGAAGCUGCGCUUAAACCCUGACCUUGUUGUGGAGAACAACGACGUUGCUAAUGGGUUUGAGCGGUUCCGAACGUUUAAUCCUUCAGCGGAGGAGGCUAAAACUGAGAAGAAAACAGAAAGAAAGCGAGGGAAAACAGAGAAAACGAUCAGUCUAGAAGUGCUUCAACAAUAUUUUGCUGGUAGUCUAAAAGAUGCAGCCAAGAGUCUCGGUGUUUGUCCAACAACAAUGAAACGCAUUUGCCGGCAACACGGGAUCUCAAGGUGGCCAUCUCGUAAAAUCAACAAGGUGAACAGAUCUCUCACGAGGCUUAAACAUGUUAUAGACUCUGUUCAAGGCGCUGAUGGAUCAAUCAACUUAACAUCCCUCUCCCCUCGCCCAUGGCAAGUCUCUCAACCACCACCACCGCCAACCACUGGAUCGCCAACAAAUUAUAUCAAACUUGAAAACCGAGAUGCAGAAGACAGUGCUGGUUCCUCAACCUCGCGUGCUUCUUGCAAAGUGAGUCCUAUUAGCGAGACGCGUUUCCGGCUUCUAACACAAAACCAAGAAGCAUUCAAACAAACGGCCUUCGACGAGUCAGACAGUACCUCUAAAAACAUAGCUAAUUUUUGGACCUCUCAAGACACAACUACACUACUCCUCUUUAAGUUGGUGAGUAUAAAGGCAACGUACAGGGAAGACAUCAUCAGGUUCAAGAUCUCACCAGAGUCAAUAAGCAUCGCGGAACUUAAGGAGCAAGUGGCUAAGAGGCUGAAACUCGAAACUGGGGCGUUUGAGCUCAAGUAUCUAGAUGACGACAAAGAAUGGGUCUCGGUCUCUUGCGAUGCUGAUCUCAGCGAAUGUCUCGACACGUCAUCUGUUGUUACCGCAGCGAAAGCCAAUACACUGAGGCUAUCAGUUCAUGAUGUCACUCCAAACUUUGGGAGCUCAUGCGAAAGCUCAGAGGAAACUAUGAUGUGCUUGUGACCAAUGCUCUUCACUUGUACACCAACUUUCUUGUAUGGAUUUGGUCUGAGAGUUUUGUUUUUCCAGGAGUUUUAGUGUCAAAUUUUCAAAAUGUAUAAAGAACUCUUCUCCGCAUCAAUAGAUGUUGAUUGGAAUGAAAUAAUUAAACUUUAUUCCCCUUA